UUCAUGGGGUAUUGUCUCAUCUAGCAGAAGAUUUUCUAGACCAAAAUCUUAAAACUACUGACAACCUCAAAGACAGUAAUUUCCAGCAAAUCAAUCUGUCUCACGAACUCCCAAGCUUGAUCCAUUCCAGUGCUUCAGGCCUUGAUGUUUCAUCAUCAUCUAAUACAAAUCCAGCAUCGCAAUGGGCUUCCUGAAGUUUACUCUCUUCAGCUUACUUAUUGCAGCUCCUGGCUCACUUGUUUUUGGAGAUAAUAUGAUCACCUGCUAUAGUGAUGUCCAGCACCUAAGUUGUGCCCAGGGACUGAUAAUAGUGACAUCGACUGUGUACGGCCGUACAGACAGAGUCACCUGCAGUACCAACCGUCCCAAUUCUCAGGUUUCUACUACCACUUGUUCCUCUGCUGUUUCCUCAAUCGCUAAAAGCUGCAAUGGACUACAAGAGUGCGAGGUAAAGACAGAUUUACUUGGUGACUCUGAUCCAUGUGUUGGAACUUACAAGUACUACAAUACCACUUAUCAUUGCUUCAAUGGUUAUCUUAAAGUGAUCUGUGAGCACGGCUACAGUACGCUGGAUUGUGGAAAUAAUGCUAUUCAGAUCAUAAACGCUAACUACGGCCGUACUGAUUCUGUAACCUGUUCAGAAGGGCUUCCCAAUAGGUCGACCCAGAAAACCAACUGUUACGCUUCAAACACUCUCUCGAUCCUGUCGGCACUGUGUAAUGGACAGAAGAAGUGUACUGUAGAAGCUUCAUACACCAUCUAUUCUGAUCCUUGUGCUGGGACUGCUAAAUACCUCACUGUAUCCUACAUCUGCACUAUACAAACUGUGGCUUGUGAAGGCAGUGUGGCUUCGUUGGAUUGUGGUACUCAACGAAUAAUGAUUGUCUGGGCUAACUACGGCCGGACCGAUUCCACGACAUGUUCCACAGGACGACCCAGUAGUCAAGUCUCCAACAAAAACUGCUACUCAUCUAACACCCUAUCUACAGUUUCAUCUGUGUGUGAUGGACAGAACAGCUGCAGUAUCACUGCUUCUAACAGUGUCUUCUCUGACCCCUGCGGUGGUACCUACAAGUACCUGAGUAUUGUGUAUGGCUGUAUCAUGAAAAGGCAUGUUGAUCAAGUGAGAGCUAGAAGGAUAAACAUCGACACAGAGCCAGAUGAAAACAACAGACCACCAGAUGUUUCCAUGAGGAUGCCUGAAAUAAAGUCACUGGAGGUGGACAAUGCUACUGUACAGGAGAGUAAGGAGGUCAUGGACGUGACUGUGCAGGAGUGUGCAGGUUCAGAAACUGUUCAAGGGAGCACACCUUCGACCAAAACACCAGAAAAAUCUGACUUUGAUCGCAACACAUCCAGGAUCACGAUGAUCUUCCUGAAGCUCAGCGUCCUCACCUUCAUUAUAUCAGCUCCUGGCUUAACUGUUUCUGAGGAGAAUAUGAUUACCUGCUAUGGUGAUGUCCAACGCCUCAAUUGUGAGACUGGACUGAUAACAGUGAAGUCUUCUCUGUACGGCCGUACAGACCCUGUCACCUGUAGUACGAAUCGUCCCUCUUCUCAGGUUACUAAUACCAACUGUAAUUUAAGGAUUACCACUAUCGCUAAUAGUUGCAAUGGACUAAAAGAGUGCGAGUUAAAGACGGAUUUACUUGGCGACCCUGAUCCAUGCUUUGGAACCUACAAGUACUACAACACAACGUAUGACUGCAUCGAUGGCCGUAGUGUUGUGAUCUGUGAGGAUGGCUACAGUACACUGCACUGUGGAGACGAUUCGAUUCAGAUAAUAAAUGCAAACUACGGGCGUGCUAACUCCAGAACCUGUUCAAAUGGAAUCCCUGAUGCUCAAACCAAGAACACCAACUGUUACGCUCCAAGCUCUUUCUCAACUGUGACUUCACAGUGUAAUGGAAAGAAGAGAUGUACUGUUAGAGCUUCAAACACUAUCUUUACAGAUCCUUGUUUUGGGACUUCUAAGUACCUCACUGUGUCCUACAUCUGCACUAGGAACAUUGUGACCUGUGAACACGAUACUGCUGCACUGACCUGUGGUUCUCGUUAUUUAAAGAUCAUCAGCUCUAACUACGGUCGAACCGAUCCCACGACAUGUUCUUCAGGCCGACCCCCCAGUCAACUCACCAACACAAAGUGCUACUCUUCUGACACACUUAGUAAAGUUGCUGCUAGAUGUGAAGGAAAGAGCAGCUGUCAGGUUCCUGCUACCAAUGAUUUCUUCUCGGACCCCUGCGUUGGCACCUUUAAGUACCUGAACAUUGUGUAUGCCUGUGGUCAGCAUCCCACUGUUCCCUAUAUUACUGCUGCUGAAAGCAACAUUCCCCCUCCUAUUCCAUUUCCUUCCUUCCUAAUGAUAUACAACGAAUUACUUCUUGUAGCACCUGGCUUACUUGUUUCUGGAGUUGUUUUUUUUUCAGAGAACACAAUUACUUGCUAUGGCGAUGUCCAGCGCCUCACUUGUGACACUGGACUGAUAAUGGUGAAUUCUUCUUUGUAUGGCCGUACUGACAACAGCACCUGUAUUACUGGAAAGCGCCCUGCUCAGGUUGCUAAUACCAGGUGCUCCCUGAGCAUUUCCACUGUUGCUGAUAGAUGUAAUGGACUAAGAGUGUGUGAGCUAAAGACAGAUUUGCUUGGCAACCCUGAUCCAUGUUUUGGAACCUACAAGUACUACAACACCACUUAUGACUGCAUCAGUGGCCGGGUGGUUGUGAUCUGUGAGCAAGGCUACAGCACACUGGACUGUGAAAAUGAUUCCAUUAAGAUCAUAAAUGCAAACUUCGGGCGUCAUGAUUCUUUCACUUGUUCAAAUGGACUCCCCUGUAAUGCAACCCACAACACUAACUGUUACGCUAAAAACACAUCCUCCAUUGUGGCAGCUCUGUGUAAUGGACAGAAAAGAUGCACCUUGGAAGCUUCAUCCACCAUAUUUACAGAUCCUUGCAAUGGAACUUCUAAAUACCUGACCGUGUCCUACAGGUGCACUCCAACUUCUAGGGAAAUUGUGACCUGUGAAGGAAGUACUGCUAAGCUGACAUGUGGUUCUCAGCAUAUAACGAUCAUCAGCGCUAAUUAUGGCCGAACCAGUUCCACCACCUGUUCUUCAGGACGACCUGCCAGUCAAAUCUCUGACACAAAAUGCAAUGCAUCUGAUACACUGAACAAAGUUAAAGCUAGAUGUGAAGGAAAGUGCAGCUGUGAGGUGCCUGCUACCAAUGAUGUCUUCUCUGACCCCUGCUAUGGCACUUAUAAGUACCUGACAGUUGUGUACUCCUGUAAUUACCUAAUAACUCAUGGGAUUCUCUCCUCUGUGGCCUUUCUGCAGUCUGAAAAAAGUAACUAAAUGAGUUUUAAUCAUGCAGAGAUGUGAUUCAGCGCAAAUGCACCUAAAAUGUUCAUGCUAUGUAAUCAAUUAAACUUACUGAUUUACUUUUAUAUGUAAUCACUUCCUCCUAAAGUAAUGCCCCUUAUUAAUGAUUGUGUA